AUGUCAGAAAUUCCAAGCGAACCACCGUCUCGAUCGUUCAAGGGCAAAGUGGCCAUUGUCACCGGAGCUGGAUGUGCAGGCAAUGGCAUUGGGAACGGGCGUGCCAUUUCUAUUCUUUUAGCCGACGACGGCUGCAACGUCGUUUGCGUCGACAGAGACUUGUCCUGGGCGAGCAAAACCUGCGAUAUGGUGGCCACGAAACCUGGGAGGGGCGAAACUCUUGCUGUCGAAGGGGAUGUGACAUCUUCCACGGAUUGCGAAAAAAUCGUUCAAAUGGCAUUGAAAACAUUCGGUCGGGUUGAUAUUCUAAUCAAUAACGUGGGAAUUGCGGGAGCUGCAGGCACUGCAGUUGACGUGGACAUGGAGCAAUGGGCAAAGGGCCUCGAUGUCAACGUUUCUAGCAUGGUUCUUAUGGCUAAAUAUGCCAUUCCUGCCAUGCUCAAAAAUGAGGGAGAAAGCAAAGGUGCAAUCGUCAACAUGGGCAGCGUCGCUGGUCUUAAAGGAGGCACUCCGCACCUGUUAUAUCCGACAAGCAAAGGCGCAAUUGUCAACAUGACACGAGCGAUGGCUGCACAUCACGCAAAAGACGGAAUUCGGGUAAACUGCGUCUGCCCAGGGAUGUUGUAUACACCCAUGAUGUACGCUGGUGGAAUGAGUGAGGAAACGAGAGCUGCAAGGAAGGGAAGAAGUCUCCUCGGAACGGAAGGGAACGGCUGGGAUGCUGCUUGUGCUGUUGUAUUCCUAGCCAGUAAUCAUGCCAGAUGGAUGACUGGUGUGAUUCUGCCAGUCGACGCUGGCACCACCGCAGCUGUCGGAAUAGGAAUGGCCAAGGCUGCCAGUGUCAAUGGCUAG